CAUGAGGCGUGCGAGGUCAAAGCGUCCCGCCACCAGGACGGUCUUGGAUCUGGGGCACUGUUGCGGUGCUCGCGCGCCUGGCCGGAUCGGAGUUGGAACGUGGGAACCGACGGUCUUUCCGCUCAGAUCACUGAAGGCGGCUCGCAGCAUGUUCUCUGGCAAGGGCCCUGGCUCUCGUAUUUGACUGAUUGCACUCUGCAAUGGCCCUCCAACCCACUUACUGAUCCUCAGUUUCCGGACCCCGGUACUCCACACCCUCAAUAUGCUGCGCAGUGCUCCGAAGGGCAAGACUGCACGGUCGUCCUAAGCGAUGCGCCCGACUACACCGAGAAGGCAGUGGGCGUUCCAUUCUUCGGUCUCUCUGACACGCAGAUAUCGGAGUGGGCUGUACUCCUCGUGCCUUCCAUUCCGAAGAUCAUCAUCGGGGUCGUGAAUGUGGGGGUUCUGCAGAAAACGAUGCUUGAAUCCAGAUCUCUCACACCUGAUGACGCCACAUUUUCACUUAUCUACGUGCUGGGUGCUCAGACCGCGGACCAGGACACCUCCAUCGAUCGCUCUGGUCCAUAUCACCAGUGGUGUCAUGGAAAAACGGACGUAGCUCGCCGCACGUCCCUUUACCCCAAAGGGUACCGGUCACCGAAAUCCAUCCACGACCUGCCAGUGGAAAUACUACUGCUCAUAUUCUAUCAAGUCUUCUACGAAUCCCAAGUCCCUAAGCGGCGUAGGCCCAGGUCGGCGCCCUCCCAUCCACCGGACGACAAUGAAUCAUUACUAUCGACGUCGUUUCCAGAAGCCGUCGCUGCUGUUUGCCCUAGAUGGAGAAGUAUAUUGAUGAUGAAAUCCGUCUUCUCGACUUCGAUAGUCGCCUUCAUUGACCAGGAGCCGACGCCUCUCGAAAUUGUGACGCAAUACUUGACCUCCUCGAAGAACCGCAAGUUGCACGUCAUUAUAUCCCGACGGCCACACAACUAUGAUGCUCCUGACGCUGGCGAGAGAGAGCGCGUCGCUGCAGUCCUGGCUCUGCUUCCUCACCGUGCUCGCUGGAAAACGUUCCAGCUCCAUGUAUUGCACGAGAAUUCUUUCCCGAGCCCGUGCCUCAAUGACUGGCUCGGUGGAAAAUACCCCAAUCUGGUACAGCUACAUUUGACCUCGAGGACACUCGAGAGUCCAUCGACACGAUAUGGCGAACACACUUCCUCUCUGGAGUUCGACGCUCCAGAACUACAUAGCCUCACUCUCCCUGGGCUAUCAUUUAUGGAAACAUAUAAGGCAGACGCGAAGGUGUCGACUCCUAAUUUGACCUCACUAUGCAUAGCCGGAUACGGAGGGCCCCAUCCACCGCUCUCCAUGUAUGAUUUCGUUGCUUGCCUACAAGAUCAUAUUGACAUCGAUAUGGAUGCGCUGCGCCUCAGGGAUCUCGAUCUCACUGUCGCUGACAUGCCUGAGGAUCUCGCGUGGCUGGUGAACACCUUCGUUCUCGAGUUUCGGGGCAUGAAAGGUGUAGUCAUCGAAGCGCUCCUUUCUUACCUUCGAGCUCCGUCGUCGCAGUACCUCAUCGUGGAGCGUUGCAGUCAAUCCCAAAGUCACCCUCGUAUGGCAUGGACCCAUACUCUUCAACUCACCGGCAUGGAACGGCCAGAGGACGCGAACGCCGUGCUGCUGUCCACAGGCCUCGUUAGCGAGCAUUGCGAGCGUCUCUACGUCGAUAACUGUGCCGGAUUCAAUGAUUCUGUUCUCGCCAUACUCUGCAGGGUAUACGAUCGCCCUAGGUCCUGGGUCUGUCCCUAUCUUCAAACUGUCGAAAUCAAGAACACCCCCGACGUUUCCAGUGAUGCGCUAGCUAUGUUGUGCUAUGUCGUAGAAGAUAUGUAUUUCUCCGCGCGGUCUCCUGAUUCAUGUGUGAUGCCUCUUACAAAAUCUCGCCAGAUCGAGACAACUGCAAGCGUCGCAUUCACUAAAGCUUUGGUGACCUGUGACUUCAAAGCCCAUGGCAUGUAUGGCGUCAUUGUCAACAAGGUUUGCCUCCACUUCAAGUUGCAAUGA